AGUUUGUUUGCAGGGUUAUAGAUGCCAGGAACCCACUGCAUAGCGCAGAACAAAGAGAAACAUAUUAAUUAAUAUGCUACAAACACUGUAGUAGAGCUUUACUGUCAAGUCAUUACUUAGGAGCAGUGUACCUCUCAGCCAGAAGAAGCCCAAAUGUUGCUUCGGGCGGCCGCAGCCGCGUCGCCGUUAGCGGCCCUAGCACCUGGAACGUUAGGAUAUGGUCUACGCUAUGCUACAACGGCGGCAAGCACGUGUUCUGGAAAGGUCGGCUUCGUGGGUCUCGGAGCCAUGGGCCUCCGCAUGGCCAAGCACCUGCUAGCCGCCGGUCACAACCUCCUGGUGUACGACAGCAACCACCUGGCAGUUGAGAGUCUGUUGGAGGAGGCGGCUGCCGUACGAACGGGCUCCGAAACCAGCUCUUCUUGCUCCUUUUCACACCUCCCCGGCGGAAGAUGGGGAAUAGCGGAGGCUCUCCGGAGUCCCGCGGAGAUCGCUGAGACGCCAGGCGUGGGAGUUGUGUUCACCAUGUUGUCUGGCCCCGAUGCGGCUCGGCGUGUGUACCUGGGCUCCAAGGGGCUGCUGGCGCCGCAGGGGGGCAUCGUGCCGCGAGUGCUGGUGGACUGUACGACGCUGGAUCCGCCCACCGCUCGUGAGCUGGCGGGCCGGGUUCGUGCCGCCGCGGUGAAUGUGGACAAGGCGGGUGCGCCGCUGCAGGGGCUGCCGGCGCAGUCGCCCACACUGCUGGAUGCGCCGGUGACGGGAGGCAUCGUGGGGGCGGAUGCGGGCACGCUUUCCUUCCUGGUGGGUGGCGACGAGGCCGCCCUGCCCGCUGUGGAGCACCUGCUGCGGGCCAUGGGCACCAGCGUCACCUGGUGCGGAGACCCGGGGGACGCGCAGGCGGCGCGACUGUGCAACACCAUGGUGCAGGCUGCCACCAUGGCUGCCACCGCCGAGGCCCUGGCGCUCGCCCGGCGGCUGGGUGUUGACCCGCGGGUCAUGACCAAGGUGCUCAACAGCGGCAGCGGUCGGUCCUGGGUGAGCCAGGAGUACAACCCGGUGCCCGGGAUCACCCCGCAGGCGCCCUCAAGCAGGGGCUACCGCGGCGGCCUGCGCUGCACCCAAGUGGCGGACCACCUCAAGAUGGCGGUCACGGCGGCGGAGAAGAGCUACUCGCCGGUGCCCAUGGCGCGGCAGGUGAUGCAGCUGUACGGACAGGUAUGCGAGGAGGGUCUGGGUGACCUGGACUUUGCCUCCGUGUACCGCUACGUGUACGGCAGCGGGGCGGCGCACCACGAGUGGGCGAGCGGGGAGGCGCUGUUCAAUGCGCAGCACCCUUGAAGGAGGGGAGGAGGGAGAAAGGGAGGAGGGGAAAAAGGAGGGAAGGAAGGGGGGCCGGGGACGUGUGAAGAAUGAGGGGACGUUGUGAGCUGAAGGUGGGCUGAAGCAGCAGCAGCUGACGGUGGUGUUGGUGGAUGCGGUGGUGGUUGUGUUGCCGCUGUUCCCGCCAGUUGCAUGAUACUGCUGUCAGCGACAGCGAGAGUGACUUGGGAGGGAGGCGGGAGGCACGGCGCAACUGUUCAACGUGUGCGAUGCUUUUGAGCAAGGGUUGUAUGUCUCCGCUGUUGGUGCUGCCCCGCGCUGCCUGCUAUACGGUACCACCACCAAAGAAGAGGACGAAGGAGGGCAAGGGGGCGAUGCCGUCUGACGGUGAUAUGCCGAUUUGUCUGUUGGUGAUCAUGUAAAAGGAGGAGGCAUAUGGAUGAUGAUGUUGAGAUGGAGGAGGAGUUGGAGCAGCGGCCGGCAGAUAUGUUGUGAGAUUAUGGCGGCGAAGUGUGUUUUGGUGGUGAUGAUGGGCGAGGACCGCCAGCACGCGGAGGACGAGGAGAAGCCGUAGCACACUGUCGUUGAUCUGAAUGCUCCAAAGAUCAUCCACAAUUUUUAAUAACAGAGUCUCGACAUAAAAGCAGUCGACAAAGGCGUUUUGUACUGCGGCUUACGUGUUACGUGACUGCUGCUUUUGAUGCGUGUGAUCUAAAGCGGCGAGGAGGAGGUGUAGGGGGGCGCGCGGUGUGCGAGGGGGUACGCGGGAGGGGGGCUUGCCAAGGGGCUUGGUGCACCCGGCAGUGGAGUUGUGUCGUGACUUUGGGGUUUCUGGUGAAUAGGGGUGUGUGAAUGAAUGACUCUUGCUUAGUGCGGUUCCUGUUGACGAUAGUAAAUCAGCGAACCAGCUGGGGGUGAUGGUGGUGGUGGCUGUUGUAGGGGUGAUGGAUGAUAGGGGUGAUGGAUGCACCAACCCAUAAGGUGGGCGGUGGCAGGGGAACAAGGUGCGAUGGGGCAUACCUCCACAUUUACCGGUAUCCACGCUGGUGGGAAGGAAAGAAGACCGGGGCGGGGUUCUCUCUAGUUCUCUGUAGGCACGCGUCGGCUGCGUGCAUGCAUGUGUUAAGAACGGGAAACUGCCGUGUGUGGUGAAGGUAGUAGUGCGUGUCAAUGCGGGUUUGUCGUACAACAGUCGAGAACCUGAUAGCGCCCAUUGACCCCCGGUGUACAUUAUGUACGGAUGCGGUAUAUGAUGGUUGAGCGCCGUCGUGCGCGCUGGGUCCUCCGACCCCCGCAUGCGCCCGCCAUUGCUUGUCACAUCAAACUAAUUUUGGCUCUGGCUUUAAUAAACAACCAUCACCA